CUGUGCUCUGUCUUCUCUCCCUCCCUCCCCUGUUUUUUUUUCUGUUGUGUGGAGUUCUCUAUUCAUUUCUCUGCUCCAAAAAGAACCAAGGAAAUGGGUGUUCUUGAUUACCUUUCAGAUCACUUCUCUGUUUCCACUUCGAAAAAGAAACGCAAACCAAUGCAGACGGUUGAAAUCAAGGUGAAAAUGGACUGUGAUGGCUGUGAAAGAAGAGUUCGGAACUCUGUUUCCAACAUGUCAGGUGUGAAGCAAGUAGAGGUGAAUAGAAAGCAAAGCAAGGUAACUGUGACAGGUUACGUGGAUAGAAACAAGGUCCUAAAGAAAGUGAAGAGCACAGGAAAGAGAGCUGAAUUUUGGCCCUAUAUUCAAUAUAACUUGGUGGCAUAUCCCUAUGUAGCACAGGCAUACGACAAGAAAGCACCUUCUGGGUAUGUGAGAAACACUGAACUAGCUCUUCCUAACCCAAAUGCACCCGAUGAGAAGCUCGCCACUCUCUUCAGCGAUGAUAACCCUAACGCAUGUUCAAUUAUGUAACGCAAUUUUAGUCAUGCAAUAGAAGGACCAGCUUGCAAGUUCAUGUUCACAUGGUUCACUGUUCCCAUAUGUGCAUAGUUUCUUUGAUCAAUUUUGGGGACUAUUCACAAAGACUUGGAGGGUAUUUUUGAACUCGUUGUAAGCUUUACUAUCCAUAUUUAAAUAUAUCAGGUUAUGCUUAUGAGUAAUUAGAAUAGAACGUAGAAGAAUAUGUAGAAAUAAUGUUUGUACCUCGUAGGCAAUCGUUGUGAUAGUUAUGAACUUGUGUUUAAAUUGUAUAAUCCCUAUGUUCUA